AUGUUCCGCGGAAGCCUCCAACGCGCCGCCAAAAGGUCUCUGUUAUCGGCUUGUGCUGCGCAUCGGCAGCGGGCGAGUGUCAAUGCCGCUCGCUCGAGCUACGCCUCGCUCGUCCCGAUGGUCAUCGAAUCCUCCCCGAGAGGCGAACGCGCGUUUGAUAUUUUCAGUCGAUUACUUAAAGAACGCGUGGUUUUUUUAAACGGCCCGAUCCACGACGACAUGUCCGCAUUAAUCGUCGCGCAGUUAUUGUUCUUAGAGUCUGAAUCCGUCACGGAACCGAUACAUUUUUACAUCAACUCGCCCGGUGGAAGCGUGACGGCGGGACUUGGGAUUUACGAUACGAUGAAUUACGUGCAAGCACCGAUACACACGUUAGCGGUUGGGCAGUGCUCGUCGAUGGGGAGUUUACUCUUGUCCGCGGGAACGCACAGAAAAGCGCUACCGAACAGUCGGAUAAUGAUUCAUCAGCCGAGUGGAGGUGUGCAAGGGACGCAGUCGGACAUUGCCAUUCAAGCGUCGGAGAUUUUAAAGUUGAGAGAGAAGGUGACGAAUAUUUACGCCGAGCACACGAAACAGAAGAAGGACGUGAUCGCAAAGGCGUUGGAGAGGGAUACGUUCAUGAGUGCGGAGGAGGCAAAAGCGUUUGGGAUCGUGGACGAGAUCAUCGUUAAGAGAGAGUAA